UUGUUAUAAUAAAAAAAACUUACAAACCCUGAAGAUGGCGAAGAGUUUCGUUUUGUAUUGUUAGUAAGCAAUGGGUUAUUAUGAAUGCUAUAUGAUAAUAAAAAUUAAAUAUAAUUUAAAAUAUUUAAACUUGUGCUUUGGUGCUGUUCAUCAUUGAAGCUUUUUUCUCAGUCUGGUCCACAGAAGUGGUGUCAUAUUCACAUCUUGCGUAGUCUCGCACUCUGCUCUCGCGUUGUUACAGGGGACUUCACUCACACCCGGCUUCAAAAGCCUCGUAGCCGCUAUCUUUUCUGCCCUUCUGCGCUCGUUAAUCUGUAGACUUAUCUGAGCAUCGUUUCCAAAACGGCGUUUGAACCAGUAACCGCCCGGUAACUGUAACGUCCGUCACAAGAGCUCCAAAUGCGGCGGAACGAAUCACUUUGAGGCGGCGUUAGGGUAUACAGUGACAGUUCUGGUUGUCGGAUUCUCCGCGUCACCGGCUUCUCGGGAAUUUGUCUACGUCGAGUUUACGUUGAAAGCGCUCACUGGUCAUGUGAGGUGCCCGUCCCUGUCGGUGUGUCAGCGAGUGUGCCUGUUUUAGUGUGUGUCUGCGCGCGUGUGUGUUUGUAUUCAGUGACCAGUAGCCGCUGUGUGGGUUCAUUCCGGGAAAUGUGACAUUUUCACCGGGUACACAUGGACGCAAAAAGCGGCUCUCCCAUUCACCCAUGAUGCACCAGCAGGGCUCGACGAUGACCUCUCUGCUCGGUGACGUUUUCUGUCAGUGCCGGGCGGCCGGCACUCACCCAGGCGACGACCCCGGUGGUGGUGGAGUUGGCGAACCCUACACCGACCCUCAGCAGUUGACCCCAAGUGACCCCAACCAGUCCUGCGACAGAUGCGAUGGAGCUGAACAGGAGCACCGACUCAAGGUUUUGUUCCAGAUCCUUGACGUAAACGGAGAUGGGGGCAUCUGCGUAAACGACCUGACGAUCGGACUAAAGAAACUGGGAGUUCAUCGAACCGAGCAUGAACUUAUGAAAAUAGUGAAGGCGGGAGACAAAGACCUGGACGGACAGUUAGACUUUGAAGAGUUUGUCCAUUAUCUCAGAGACCAUGAGAAGAAACUAAGGCUCGUGUUCAAGAGUUUGGACAGGAAGAACGAUGGCCGCAUCGACUCACAGGAGAUCAUGCAGUCUCUGCGAGACCUGGGAGUCCACAUCUCCGAGGAGCAGGCUGAGAAGAUUCUCAAAAGUAUGGACAAAAAUGGCACAAUGACAAUCGACUGGAAUGAGUGGCGGGAUUAUCACCUGUUGCAUCCAGCAGGCAACAUUCCCGAAAUCAUCCUGUAUUGGAAACACUCCACGAUCUUAGAUGUUGGCGAGUGCUUGAUGGUGCCAGACGAGUUCACUGCGGAAGAGAAGAAUACAGGAAUGUGGUGGAGACACCUAGUGGCUGGAGGAGGAGCUGGAGGGGUGUCUCGCACCUGCACGGCCCCGUUGGACAGACUCAAAGUCCUCAUGCAGGUUCACGCCUCCAAGAGCAACAGCAUGCAGAUCGCCGGAGGCUUUUCCCAGAUGAUCAGAGAGGGAGGUGUGAGGUCACUGUGGAGAGGAAACGGCAUCAACGUCAUCAAAAUCGCUCCAGAGACUGCAAUUAAGUUCAUGGCCUACGAACAGAUAAAGCGACUGAUUGGAAGUAAUCAGGAGACACUGGGAAUCGCAGAGAGGCUGGUGGCUGGAAGUCUGGCCGGAGCGAUCGCUCAGAGCAGCAUCUACCCCAUGGAGGUCCUCAAGACACGGUUAGCGUUAAGGAAGACAGGUCAGUACUCGGGUAUUUCGGACUGUGCCAGACACAUCUUCCAGAAAGAGGGUGCCACUGCUUUUUACAAAGGCUACGUCCCAAACAUGCUGGGCAUCAUCCCGUACGCUGGCAUCGACCUGGCCGUCUACGAGACCUUGAAGAACUGGUGGCUGCAGCGUUAUGCCACCGACAGCGCUGAUCCAGGAGUGUUUGUGCUUCUGGCCUGUGGCACCACCUCCAGCACGUGUGGUCAGCUGGCCAGCUACCCUCUGGCUCUGGUCAGGACUCGUAUGCAGGCACAAGCUACUCAGGAAGGAGGCCCUCAGAUGAGCAUGACUGGCCUGUUCAGACACAUUGUCAGGACAGAGGGCGCUACGGGACUCUACCGAGGCCUGGCCCCCAACUUCAUGAAGGUCAUUCCAUCUGUAAGCAUCAGCUACGUGGUUUACGAGUACCUCAAGAUCACGUUAGGGGUACAAUCCAAGUAGAGACCAAAGCUUUAUUAUCUGCAGUUUUAGUUUAGUUUUUUUUUUUUUUUUUUUUGAGGUUGCGCUUUUGUACUGGAGAAAGUAAGCAGCUAAAUUCUGCACAUUUAAAUAAAUUAUUGAAUUCUAUGGAGAAAGAUGAAAAUAAAGAGGAGCCGGGAUUCAGUAUCCAAAUCCUGGAGGAGACUUUGAGGAAGCGCUAAAAGUUUACAUUGAACUGACUGGAGGUGUUGACUGGCGCCACACGGUGGCAAGAGCAGUGCUGCUCUGUGACAAAGGGCUUUGCUGAAGUUAAACAUAUCAAAGGUUUCCCGUUUAAAGGAAUUAAGACAACAUCACAUCUGCAGGUGGGUUUGGCACGUGUGAUGUUUUAACCUGGAUGUGGAGCCGCACGGUUUUUUUUUUUUUUGCAACCUAGUAAAGUAGGAAGUUAGUAAAAACGAGUGAGCAUUAUUAUGUUAACGGACUUUUAGACUUGCACUGAAUUCUGGGAAUGCUUGUUGAAAUCAACUCUUAAGGCUCUGUGGGAAUAAAGCUAAAGCUUCGUCAGGCUUUCGUCAGAGCUUGUAGGCAUAAAGGAGAAUGUCCGGCCAACUCAGUGUCUUAGCCCAGCUACUCACCUCUUCUCUGUGGUGUUCUCUCGAAAGAAUGCUUUGCUGUUAUGCUGGUAGAUGUUCCGAAACAGUUUCCGCUGACAUUUGUUUGAAAGACAAUCUUCAGGAUACAGUCAGGACCGUGUCUGUAAGCAGCCGGGAAUUCAGUUCACUGGGCACUUAGGGCAGAUGGAGGAUGGAUGGAUGGACUUUAAUGACGGAGUAUCUUUCUAUGAGGCAUAGACCGUGUUGACCUGCUGUCAGUAAGCUUGUCAGUGUCUAUAUUUAACUUUACAAUGACAGUGUUGCUACAGAGUCCCAAAAGCUUUUAAUAUUUACUGUGAAGAGACAAGAUAUGGAGUCUGUUAUCAAGGUACCAUCUUGUCCACACAGGGGGAAAACAUGAGACUACUCUGUGUGCGUGUAACGGUAUACUAACAGUAUAUACUGAGUAAACAAGCUGUUUAUCUACACCAUGGGUGUCAAACUCAUUUCCACCAGGGGGCCACAUCACCAAUACAGUUCCCCUUGAAGGGCCGGUUGUAAAUGGAAGAUUGUAUAGAUCAGGGGUUCCCAACCCCCGGUCCGGGGACCAGUACCGGUCCAUAGGUAAUUUGGUACCGGGCCGCAGUGGGACACAGUAAAAAAUUCACUUUUUACAAUUUACUUACUAAUUUAUUUCAUUCAAAGAAAAUCCAGUCAUAUCCAUUGACUUUCUAUAUUUACCUAAUACAUGAUUCAAUAAUUGAUUACUAUUUAUUCAAGAUAUCAAAUAUUGUUCAUUGAUGUGCAAUAAAAACACUUUAAUUUCGAGGUUCAGAAAUUCUGCAGCAUGGACUUUGCUAAAUGCUUUUUAAGCUCCCGCAGGCACACAAAACGGUAUUGGCCGCGUUUGGCCCCCGGGCCUUGAGUUUGACACGUAUGAUCUACAGCAUGGUCUGCCUCGAUAUAUUAUCAUGUCUCCGAUGUGUUGAAUGUCUUGGUUCACGAUACCGUUUUCAUGGUAAGAGAAGAACCUCAUUUUUUUUCAAGCUGGCGAUCAAUAGGAAGUUGUAUUUUGAAUUUCCUGAGACUUUAAUGAAUGAACAUAAUCUUCACGUCAUUGUUGUAACUUUAAGAAAACUAGUGAGUCUGAUUAAGUCGACCCCUGGAGGCGGUACCGGCUUGGUUCUGUUGUUUGGUUGGGGUAAACACAGGACUAAAAACGAAUCUUGAUUUCACCCUUCAGCAGUUCCUCAGCAGGCUGAGAGCAUUCAGGUUCCUGUAGAAUCCGAAUCUUAACUUCUCCACUGAUUUAUACAAACAUCUGGGCAGUGACUUCUUUGUGAACCACACUUAUCAGAUUAGCGUGCUUGGUCCACUGCUGGACACAGGAAUGGAAUUAAAAUGACAUAUAUAGACACAGUCAGUGAAAGUACGAUUG